CGGUUGUUUUUCCUUUUCUUUAAUAUAAUAAAAAACAGAGAGGAGUGAGAGCGGAGGGGAGAUGGACUGGCAAUGGAAGCUCUUACCUCUGUUGACGCUCCUGGCUUCUUUUCUCUUUCUUUUCUACAUUCAAGAUUCUUUCAAGCCAUUUCAAAGCGAUUGCAGUCUUCUUCCUUACAGUCACUAUUGGAUAGCAAGCAAGCACAUCGUGACACCUCAAGGGAUUAUCUCUGGUGCAGUUGAGGUGAAGGGAGGGAAUAUCAUAUCCAUAGUUAAGGACAAGGAUUGGAAUGGAAAAUCUAAACAAGUAGUUGAUUACGGCUAUGCAGUUGUCAUGCCUGGCUUAAUCGAUGUGCAUGCACAUCUAGAUGAUCCAGGAAGAGCUGAAUGGGAGGGAUUUCCUUCAGGGACUAAAGCAGCUGCUGCAGGUGGCAUUACAACAUUGAUUGACAUGCCUCUAAAUAGCUUUCCUUCCACCGUUUCAACAGAAACCUUGAAACUCAAGAUUGAGGCUGCAGAGAAGAGAAUUUUUGUUGAUGUUGGCUUUUGGGGAGGUCUAGUUCCUGGAAAUGCAUUCAAUGCAACAGCUCUGGAAGGUCUCCUAAAUGCUGGUGUCCUUGGUUUGAAGUCUUUUAUGUGCCCUUCAGGGAUCAAUGACUUUCCCAUGACUGAUGCCAAUCAUAUUAAGGCAGGGCUUUCUGUAUUGGCCAAAUACAGAAGACCUUUACUUGUACAUUCAGAGAUUCAACAAGAUGUCGAAAGCUACCUACAAGAUGAAGAUGGCGAUGAUCCUCGAUUGUAUUCAACUUAUCUUAAGACAAGGCCACCUUCUUGGGAGGAGGCAGCUAUUAGAGAACUUUUGACUGUCACAAAAGACACAAGGAUCGGAGGUCCAGCAGAAGGUGCUCAUCUACAUGUUGUUCAUUUGUCUGAUGCCAGUUCUUCCUUAGAUCUUAUAAAGGAAGCAAAAAGGAGAGGUGACAGCAUAACUGUUGAGACUUGCCCUCAUUACUUGGCUUUUUCAGCAGAAGAGAUUCCAGACGGAGAUACUCGUUUCAAGUGUGCUCCUCCUAUCCGUGAUGCAGCCAAUAAAGAAAACUUAUGGAAUGCUUUAAUGGAAGGACAUAUUGAUAUGCUAAGUUCUGAUCAUUCACCAACAGUCCCAGAACUUAAACUCCUGAAUGAUGGUAACUUUCUGAGGGCUUGGGGUGGCAUUUCAUCUAUACAGUUUGUUCUUCCCGUGACAUGGUCAUAUGGACGGAAAUUUGGAGUAACAUUAGAGCAGUUAGCAUUAUGGUGGAGUGAAAGGCCUGCGAAGCUUGCCCAACAACAUUCAAAGGGAGCCAUUGCAAUUGGAAACCACGCAGACAUUGUCGUCUGGGAACCUGAAGUGGAGUUUGACCUCAAUGCUGAUCAUCCUAUGUAUGUUAAAAAUCCCAGCAUCUCUGCCUACAUAGGAAAAAGACUAUCCGGAAAAGUGCUGGCAACUUUUGUAAGAGGGAACCUUGUCUACAACGAGGGGAAUCACGCUGCCGCUGCCUGUGGUGCUCUAAUCCUCGCAACAUAGAAAGGAAGUGAUGAUUUGAAUAGUGAAGGGAACAAUCACCACGAGCUAUCCGUGAGAACCAUCAAUUAUUUCUUUGUUGUUGUAUUAUACAUUGUCAUCGUUCUUCUUACCAUCCUGCCUUGUAAAAUCAUUAUUUAUGAGCACUUUUAUACAUUUUUUCUUUUUUUUC